CAACCUCAAUAUAAACCCAUUCCUACAGAACACCAAGUACCGUUAAUAUUUGCAGGUGUUCACGGAUUUUUAGACAAGAUAGAUAGUAAACGGGUGACAGAAUUUGAAGCCACGUUCAUUCCACAUCUGGUGUCAAACCAUCCUGACGUAUUAGACACAAUCAAUAAGGAAGGAGUAAUCUCCGACGCCACUGACAAAAAAUUACGUGAAAUCUUGACUGAAUUUUUAAA